AUGGAAGACCUGGUAUACGAGCUGGACCACCUGGUAUACGAGCUGGACCCGAAGGGUGACAUCUUCCUCAUUCUGGACAAUGUAUCUAAGGAUCUGCCGGACAACCUACGGGAUCUUACCACGUCGUCGGGGUGGCCAGAUGGACUCAGUAACCCUACACCUCCAGAAAGCGACCAGCAUAAAGCCGAGAAAAGCGCGGACAGAGGAGGUCAAAACAAUGAGAUUGAGUCGACCAAUGCCCCUGAAUGUACUCCGCGGCGCCGUCUGCAGAUCCGUGUGUCGUCAAAACAUCUGGUAUUGGCCUGCCCGCAAUUUGAACGGUCGUUGCAAGAUGGCUUUGAGGAGGGUACUACGCUGAAAGCCACAGGCAGUCUCCAAUUCCCUGUACAGGAUUGGGAGGCCAUACCUUUUUUAAUCCUGAUGUUGAUUAUCCACCAUCGAGCACGAAUGGUGCCUCGGGAAGUGUCUUUAGCCAGGCUAGUGGAGAUCGCGCGGUUGGUUGAUUACUACGAAUGCUAUGAGGCAGUAGAGCCGUUCUCGGGUCCUUGGCUCAUCAAUCUAAAGAUCAAAUCUCUCUCAUCAAGUUGUUGGAUCCCUUCGUUGAUGGAUGAGGCCGAGAAAUGGAUUCUUGUAUCCUGGGUGUUCAAAGAGGCCAAGCCAUUUCAAGAUGCCUCGAUUUACCUCGAGUCUGAGAGUACAGGAAUUGUUAGCUUCAGUGGACUUCCUGGGACCCACGCUAUACAAGAUGCGAUCAACAGUUCCCGACGAGCGCUGAUUUCAGGAAUCAUCAAGUCCAUGAAUAAUCUUUUUUCAACGCUACGAGACGGCCCCAAGCAAUGUUCUGAGGGGUGUGACUGUGCGCUACUUGGCGCUCUGACUAAAGGAAUGCAUCGAAUCGGAAUUCUGUCACUGAAUUCGACUUCCAGCUUUGAGGGGAUCAGCUUUACUCAAUUGGCGCACGACUACAGUGCAGCAUAUCUGGAAAGGUUGCUCCUCUGUUAA